AUGAUAGAACAGUGUUGGCAAUGUCAACGUACAAUUGAUCGAAAUGAAUCUCUAGCAUAUUGUCCAUGUGAAAAACAUGUUUUAUUACCAGUUCGUUCUGAAAUUGAUUAUUUCCGUUUAUUUCAUUUGCCACGUUCCUUUGAAAUUGAUACAAAACAAUUAACAAAAAUGUUUCGAAAUAAAAUGAAAUUUUUACAUCCAGAUCUUUUUUCAAAUAAAUCUGAUAUCGAAAAAAAAUAUUCUCAAAAUCAAUCAGCUUUACUUAAUGAAGCUUAUAAAACUUUAUUUUCUCCAUUAGCACGUGCACAUUAUUUACUUAAAUUAGAAAAUAUAACUAUUGAAGAAUCAUCAGUUCAACUUGAAUCAGAUUUUCUUCAACGUAUUAUGGAAAUAAAUGAACAAUUAGUUGAUGAAAAUAAUGAUAAAAAAAUGUUUCCUACUGAAUUAGCCAUUAAAAUGAGACAAGAAAUUGAUGAUCAUAUGAAACAGCUAUCGAAUGCAUUGAACACAAUGAAUUUAACAAAAGCUAAAGAAAUUUUAGCACGAUUACAAUAUUUCAAUAAUAUUAAUGACAAAUUGACGAAUCUGGAAGUAAAACAUGGUAUUAUUUAA